AAAAUUAAAAAUAAAAGAAUUGGGCUAAGAGGUCGGUUCCUGGAAACCUUACAGAGGAGACGCCUCUUGCUCGUCUCUUCGUCUCUCUCUCUCUCUCUCCCCUUCCCACAGAGAAUCUCAAAUUUCUCAGACCAAAUUCCAUUCAUUUUUGACGGUGGUGCUGCUUGUGAUCUGCACUUGCACUUAUCUGAAGAUGCAGUUCCCUGCCAUUCUCGAGCAAAAAAAAAAUCAGUCGACCCAGAAGAAGAAGAUGCCGAGGAGAAGGAUUACGAGAACUCCGACGAAGAAGAUGGGAACCAUGGCGUUGAGAGAUACGGAUCUUCUUCUUCUUCAGUGUUCAAUUUCUCUGCAUCCCACUCCGCUAGAGACUCUGGCCUUCCUUCAGCUAAUGACGUUUUCUCUCAGAUAUCAGGGCCACCAGAGUUUCUAAACAACCGUACAGAAGCUGAUGAAGAAGCCACUGCUAGAGAUGCUGAGCAUGCUAAGCGUAUGACCGAGUAAAAAGAAGAAAGCUAAACCUAAAGGUACUCUAUCCACAACUUGUUUGCAUCUUUGUAGCAUUUUGGUUGAUCUCAAGAAUGAAAGGUUCACCUUCUGAUGAUGUUAAUUGUGUAUCAACAAAAGAAAGUCCUGCAGCCAGUGCCAUUCUUAUCCUCAUGUUUAGGUUCACAUGAUUAUAGAGCUGUACGGGAAAGGUUAACUUUUGUAGAAGCUUGUUUUAGGGUACUUUAAAGCAUACACAUUGUGAAUUAGAGAACCAGGAACUGAGUUGUUGUCUCUAUUUAAUUUGGUCUCUCAGUUCUGCUUAUGAAGUCUACUUCAUACUUACGGUUUCAGCUGGUUUAUAGGUGUUGUCAUGGAAGCAAAACCUCACCUUGUGGGGAUCCAUGAGAGAGUCAGAAACGAUAUUUAUGCACAACCUUCUUAAGAGAAUGGUGGAAAGCGAAUAUCUACUGCAACCAAUCCAAAUGCAGAAGAAGCUGCAGAUCUCUUGAGGUAUGGAUAUAUAUCCCUUUGUCUCUUCAUCAUUCUUUCGUGAACUCAUAUUGCAAAAUCCGAGCUUGAUUACCGGUUGCGUGUGGUUGAUUAUCACAGGUUCGAGCUAUAUUGUUGGAUCCUUAUUGCUCUGGCUCUGGAACCAUUACAAAUCGUCUGGACCAUCUCCUUCCUUCUCAUUCAGCAGGUUCAACUGAUUCUUCUCUGUGUAUAUGUGUGUGUUCUAUAACAAAUUUGUUCGUCCUUCUCCUUCGUGAUGAAAGUGUUCUAAAAUAAUUUGUUAUUCAUUCUCCUUUGUCCUUCCUUUGCUCUAAAACAAUUUGUUCUUAAUAUUUUUUUUUAAGAACCUUUGAAUAAAAAACUUGCAUUGGACCA